CACAGAAAUCAAACAUACCGGAACAACACUUCUCACGCUGCCCGACCACAUGCAACACACACAGCAGUUCUGGUUCGUCUUCUUCGGGUCGGGUAAUUUCACUUUCGAUUAACUUCGUUCGCUAGCAGGGCGCACACACACACACAAGGAGGGGUAGCUAAUACUUUUUUGCUGAUCUUUCAUAUCGCCUGCCCGCCCGUAUGUAAAGUAGCUUGUAGUUCUUUCGAUUCGCAUCCACUGUAGCCCCCUUUGGUCAAUAGCAAACUCGUUUUUGAGCUACUCUGUCACUAGUUUGGCACUAAGUAGGCUCUGAAGCGACAAACACAAUACCACAUCUUUGAUCUAGUAGCCAUUCCAGUCUCAGCCGAUGUUCAGAACAUCCAUUCCAUUUCGUUUAUCGUCGUCAAGUACUCAGGGGGUGCAUUUGCCAACAUGUCGGAAGAACAAUCCGUUAGCCGUACGGUGAAAUAUCCCUACACCUACACGCAGAAGAUAGCCCAGUUCCCGUACAAGCACUACUACAAGAAUCAAUGGAUCUGGCGGUUCUACUUCAUCUCGUUCGGACUGUCGCUGCCACUGUUCUACAAGCUCCACUCGCUGGCCAACGUGCCCGCUAACAAGGAAAAAUGGGCCGAAUCGAAACGGAAGCAGCUGCAGCCCGAUCACCACUAAGGAAGUUGGCGUAGUAAAAUUCCUUUCCCAGACGCGCACCCCGUAAUAUUUCCAACCCUGAUGGUGGCUUGUGUGUGUGUGCCUGUGUGUGUGUGUGUAAUGAAUGUGUGCUGUAUGGUGCUGCGAGCGCGUGUGAAAUCGGGGGACGGCAUUCAACGAAAACAUCAAAAAUGCAUACACUGCACUAAAGGCGAACAGCGAAGGAGACGACACAGAAAGAAGAAAAAACAUGCACUGUAUAACACAAACACACACACAGAGGUACACGUUCACAGGCGUACGAAAAAUAUGCUGCUUUCAACACAUGCUGCUUAUGCUGCACCAGGGGGCGGAAGGUGAGGAAGUUUUCAGCGCUUGCAUUAAAAGAACCCGGCAGUAGAAUCACUAAAUAAAUCACAAAAUCACUGCACACACAACAGUG